AGUAUUCCUCAGGCAGUUCCAAGUGGGGACCAUGAUGAUCCCAAGCGUCAUCGCGCCCCCCGCCAUCUACCCGGGCCUGUACCGCCCUGCAGCCGCCACCCUGCCGCUACACCACAGCCUGCCCGCCGCCUUCCCGACCCACUCCAGCUUUCUCGUGGAGGACCUACUGCGGAUAAGCCGACCCACGGCCUUCCUAAACCGGAGCGUCCAGCCUGUCAGCGUCUCUCCGCCCGCGGCCGCCACCAACUUCAGCGACGCGACGCUGGAUCGCGGAGCUUCUACUACGCCCGUGACGCGGGAGGCUUGCUCGCCCAAAACAUCGAACAGCAAGGACCCAACUUUCCUCAAGUUUGGCGUGAGCGCUAUCCUCGCACCAUCACCAAAGACCCCUUCCUCACCUCCAACAGUCCACAGCUUGCACUCCAAGAGUUUCCAUAUCCCGUGCUUUGACGGAACCUUUCACCCCAUAUUCAGGACACCUUAUUUACCAGCGUCUUCAUCUGCCGUGCCCAUCCCGGGAACCUUCUCAUGGCCGCUGGCCGCCAGAGGGAAGCCCCGCAGAGGGAUGCUGAGGAGGGCGGUGUUCUCCGACGUUCAGCGGAAAGCUUUGGAGAAGAUGUUCCAAAAACAGAAGUACAUUAGCAAGCCAGACAGGAAGAAGCUGGCGUCCAAACUGGGCCUUAAAGAUUCACAGGUGAAAAUUUGGUUCCAGAACAGGCGGAUGAAGUGGAGGAACUCCAAGGAGCGUGAGUUGCUGUCCUCGGGCGGUUGCCGUGAGCAGACGCUGCCCACAAAGGCCAACCCACACCCGGACCUCAGUGACGUGGGCAAAAAGUCCUCAGCAGAAGAAGAUGAGGACGAGGAGGCUUUCUCCUCUACUCUCGUCUCCUCCCCUUGUCUUUCCAGCAAGCACUCGGACUUUUCAGAGUCAGACGAAGAUGAAAUAACAGUAUCUUAGUAGUUUGUUCAUUUUCCUCAUGAGACUUUUUGGAAGAGCUACAGUCCAGACACAAGACCCCGCCUCCUUAGACGCCAUUGUUUAUCAAUAAAGUUUGAACACAGCGCACGUGUACUGGACAGGAUCAGCUACUUCUAUACAAUUUGCUGUUUUUGCACAGCUUCGUUCAAUUGUACAGUGUUUUGUACAAUUUUGUAUGGACAUUUUAUGCCAAGAAUAUUGACUUCAUUUUACCUUCAUCUUGAAUAGAGUUGUUUAUUGGAAAAAUGUAGCCAUUUCAUUAAUAAUUUAUAUGAAUUUGUUUUAUAUGU